AUGUCGGGGCUUCUUCUGAGGACUCCUCUGAGGGCCUGCAUGGCCUCUCAGAUCAGGAUGGCAUCUGACCAGCUCGGGGAGUUGGGCAAAGGGGCAGGUAAAGGCGGCGGCGGCGGUGGCUCCGUGAGGGAAGCAGGAGGUGCCUUUGGACGUAAACAAGCCGCAGAAGAAGAGCGAUAUUUCAGACAGAAGGAGAAGGAGCAGAUGGAGGCUCUGAGGAAGCAUCACAGCGAAGAAAUAGAGCACCACAAAAAAGAAAUUGAACGUCUACAGAAAGAGAUCGACCGCCACAAAGGAAAGAUCCGGAAACUGAAGCACGACGACUAG